ACUCAUUAUUUCAUUGUAUGACUUAACAUAAUGUUUGUUUGAAAAGCUUUUAAUUUAGAUGAUAAUAUAAAAUAUAUUUUUUAGGUGUUUCUGAGAACUUCUAUGUAGAGUUCUACCUGGCUACAGUCCUUGGUUUGAAACCUACUCCCUGGACCUGUCACUACUGUAGUCAACACCAACAACGAGUAAAGGAUGAACCACUAUCACCAGAAAAGACAACCUCAGACAAAUCUAUCGUCUCCAAGGAAACCGACCACACAUCUUCCCUCAAGCUGCCUCCAUAUCAACCAUCAUCACACAUCAAUAAUGAUAACAGUGGAUACGAUUCUGACAGCAGUAGUUUAGAUGAGUUCAGUUGGACUUGCGAGAUUCAGCAAAAUGAGAGGGAGGGACCUCAACCAGAAACACAACAUAGGACCCAGACCAGUGCUGUACUCCACUCCAUCCCAGACAGUAUAACUAGUACCACUAUCAUCAAGGCACAGCCAAUAUUCUCUGAUACAUCCAGACAACCUACCCUAUACACAUUAUACAAUACAACAACUGGUGACAAAAUGGUGGAAGACAACCUUGGGAAUGAGUUUACUAUGAUUGAGAAAUUGUGUGAUGCAGUAGCCUUAUACAAGUGUGCUAGAGCAGGAUGUGGGUUCAAAGUUCGAGUCUGUGAAACCAUCAAAGAGUUCCUUAGUGCUGGAAGUCAAAGUACUGCUGAUCAUAUCCACAACAGCAGUAGCAGUAACAUAGCAACCGACAGUGACAUAGCAACCACUAGUUACAUAGCAACCAACUACAGUGACAGUGUUUCAGAUACCAGCAGCAGUAGCGGCAGUUCUGAAGAUGAAAUUCCAAGGACAAAUCAAAGCAGUAACAUAGCCACCACCAGUAACAUAGCAACCACUAGUUACAUAGCAACCAACUACAGUGACAGUGCUUCAGAUACCAGCAGCAGCAGCAGUUCUGAAGAUGAAAUUCCAAGGACAAAUCCAUGUGUCUGGUAUGACAGUUCCUACAGCGUUAGUGAUUCCAGCGACCAAAGUGGACUUAGUGCACUGGUUGAACUUCUAGAUGAUGAUAUUGAAUCCAUGCCAGCAUCUCCUGCUUCCACUAUCCCUGCUUUAGACAGCUCUGACAGUGAGGAAGAAAGUGUUACCAUAGCAACAACAUACCAAGUUACCAUAGCAACCAGAACUGGGGAGAGAGAUCUACUCACUGACAGUCUUGGUUACACUUACAACAUUAAGUUUAAACUAGAGGCAAGAACAUUUUGGUGUUGUACAGAAGUGUCCAAACAAUGUCCAGCUUCUGUCAUCCAAAGUAAGAGAGGUAAUUUCACAACAGGUGUAGCCAGCCAUAACCAUUCUUCUACCCAGUCAGAGGACACCAUCCCAUCCUCAUCCCCAUCUUCUCCAAAUCUAGACCAAUCAAAAAUGCCAGAAACAAGUACCAGGAACCUACCCACCAUUAAUUCAGACACAAUAGCCCAGAUGCCAGGAACCGACCAGUCUCCACACCCUACCAACACUUCAAACAGGGAGCCAGACAUCACUGGAACCAUUGAGACUGAGCCAGAAACCAUUGUUGAUGUUACAGAUAUCUCAGAGAAUAAGGUCUACUAUGAAAUAGAAGCUUGUCUUCCCAGGUUGAAGAAACAACGUGUAGGAUCGGUCCUCUUAUCAUCUGAUGGAUUCAUCUUCAAAAAGAAGGUGGAAGAUUCACAUAACAACAUUACACGCUGGUACUGCUCUGCAUCAGCAUCAGAUGGUACAACAUGUAGGGCAAGUUUAGUGUUCAAUUCCAAACAACCAUUCUGUGUCAGCUCUAACGAUGGUGACUGUCAUACCUGGCUAGUAAAUCGUGAGGGCGGAACAUAUACAGAACAUCAUAAUCACACGGCUGACUACAGUGUUGUGUCAUUGGCUAAAGUUAGAAUGAUGAUACAAAGAAGAAUUUUUCUUCAUGGAAUGAUCAACGAAGCUCCGAACACUGUUCUCCAGUCAGUCUUCCAAGGUCUGGACUACAGGGGACAUAUCUUUCUUGACAGCACUGGCAACCCAUUCCUGACAACUACAGACAAGGAUUACCUCCCUUACAGCCCAUUAGAUAUAAAGACAUUGAAAACUUUCAUUUAUAACCAGAAAGCACAAUACAAACGAGAGAACAAGAAAAACUGAAUGAUAAUCAAUAGAUCUCUGCAAGGGUUGUGAGGCUCAGCAACAAGAUGUGUGCAUUUUAAACCAAUCAAACACUGUGCUGUUAGACUGAGACAAACAGUGCAAUUCUAAUGACAGAGUAAUUAUGAAAAUAUUAACUGACAUUAUGCAGGUUAAAUAUGAACAUGUACUAUGACUAUUUGAUCUUUUUUUUG